GACUAAAUCUUAGGUUGAAAAUUUUAGAAAAUGUAUACUGUUAGCGUAUGGGUCCUGUCUCUGCAAAGGAAGAGUAAUCCUGAGUCAGAAGUGGAUUUCGAUUUCAGUUUAGUUAAUACCCUUCAACUUUUCAAUACUCUGAAAUAUUUUAGUGACAAAGUACCUAAUUUUUGAUGCAGAUAAUACCCUUCAACUUUAACAACUAAAGCAUUUUAAGUGCUAAAGUACUUAGUUUUGAUGGCUUUUGAUAAAUAAGGAUAGUAGUUGUCAUCCGUGCAGUUAUGUUAAACAGAUGGGACGACCAAGCACUUCACACUUCUUAACUGUUUCUAAGUGAGUCAUUGAAAGAGUGUGAUUAAUCAUCCUACCAUACAGUUGUCAACAAAAGAGUAAUUUUUUUUACUACCACCCACAAAAUCAAAGAGAUUUCCAGAUUUUCAGUGGAAAGUAAAGAACGUCUCUUUUGAAAAACACUUUAAAUUUAGUUUGAGGGGGACUACAUAUGAUGGACUUGUCAUCCUCAGAGCACAUAUACAAUUUUUUUCUGUGCAGCAAUACACUGAUGUACCCAGGAAGUCGCUUAACCGAGUAUGGUCAUUAUCGACAUGUUAGUUGUUUUAAGGCUUUCGUCUAAAUAGCGAUCUCACGUGAAACUAAAUGAACUUUUUCUGUCCUCUUACCCCUCCCUGCUUCAACUUCAUCAAGUUGUAAGUCAUCUAGGACAUUUAGUGCGGGAUGGAUUGGGCAUUAUCAUGACAAUAGUCAAAUGAUGUGUGUCGUCAAGGUAAUGAUAGUGCUAAUUGGGGGUGGGGGUGGGGGAUGGGGCUUGGGUGGGAACUGCUUUUGUUUUGAAGAACCUGGGGCAGUAAGAGGAAGAGCUGGCUGAGAAAUCUGUAUUUAGAACUGCGAUUUGAGAAGUGACCUGAAUUGAACGUAGCUUUUGUGGAAAAUGGAAGUCAGCAGUUAACUACAGCUUGUGAGGCUGAGCCAAGAGGGCAACAGUGAUUUUACCUCCCUCCCCCUAAAUAUUAUGGGAAUUGAAAGUGUCAUGAAGGGGAGAUACUAAAAAAAAAAAAAUAAAUCUGAGUGAUUUAAAGAGCUGGGAGGUAAUUUUUAAAUGCAUCAAAAUGCAUUGUUAGACACAGGAGGAAGAUGAGUGGAAAGACUGAUUGGGAAGAGUUGUAUAUAGAAUGCAGUUACCUGGGGCAGGGGCUGGCAUGGGGAAUUAAGAUGGGCUGGAAAAUUAUGAGACCAAGGAUAUGUCAGAAUGGAUCUCACAAAGAACGUAAGAAACAUUAAAUGUAUGCCAGCUUCUGCUGUUGGCAAAUACAUUUUCUGAUUUUUUUUUUAAUCUGUUUGCAGCAUUGAUAAAGAUUUGCUCUUAAUUGAAUGUGUUUCUAAUAGUCAGUUUGUUUUGUCUGUUUGUUGUCUCAUCACCUGUCCUGUGAAGGCUAAUUACUGAUCAGGAGUGUGCUGAGAAUGCAAUUCUGUGUUUGCCUCGUAAUUUAAACUUGAAGUAACUCUCAUAUGUGUGUGAAUUGACCAAAAAAGCCCAAACAAAAGUUAUUUAACCAUAUGCAAGCAGAGUAGUGCCCUGUGGUUGGGAUUUUUUGGCCUGAUGAUCUGUUUAGAGAAAUGAUCUCUUUUGUCAGGUGUCUGCUUCAGCAGGUGUUACAGAUGCUUUUUGUUAAACGGAGCUGCAUUGAAAGGAUGCUGCUUCUUCUUUCAAAUGGAGUCUUGAAGAGCAGGUUUUCUUCAGAAAAUAGAAAAGCUGGGGAGGGGUCUGAGAUGCUGAUAGGACUCAACACUGGGCAACAUCAGAGAGAGGUGGACAGCUCAGCAUUACUGUUAUGGAUCGCUCUCGGCACCGAGCGGGAAAUGGCAAUGAGCAGGCAUCUUCACGAGAGCACAGUCAUGGUGAAGAUGAGAGACAACGACAGCUGGAGCGCCUCGGUAGGGAGGAGGCUUAUUACCAGUUCAUUAAUGAACUCAAUGAAGAAGAUUAUAGGUUGAUGAGAGACAGCAACCUGCUUGGCACUCCUGGGGAAAUAACAGCAGAAGAGUUGCAGCAACGCUUGGAGGGGGCUAAGGAGCGUCUGGCAUCACAGUCUGAUCUGGAUAACAGAGAAGGUGAAGGUAGAGCUGUUGGAGAUUCUGAUGUUCUUGGAGAAAACUCAAAUGGCGACUCUUUGUUCGAAUGGCUUAACACAUUUCGUCGCACAGGAAAUGCCACUCGCAGCGGACAGAGUGGGAACCAAACCUGGAGAGCCGUGAGUCGAACAAAUCCAAACAGUGGGGAGUUUCGUUUUAGUCUUGAAAUCAAUAUAAAUCACGAUCAUAACAGUUUAGAAACUGCUGGUGAGGAGUAUGUCGAUAUAGAUGCUACCAGACUGUAUUUGGAAAGAAGACGUCAACUAGUUGCCAGUUCAGCAACCCCACGAACAAGGAGCAUGGCUGCAAGGGAGGCAAGCAAUGAAGCUGCAAGGACCAGGUUUUUAGGACAUGCCAUGGCACUGAGGUCUGAAGUAGCCUCUCAUGCAGUCUCGGGGAGGCUCAGGAGUAGAACAAGGGAGUUGACAGGCCUUUCCCAAACAAAUAAUAGUACACGUAAUAAUUCUGCAGCUGCUGGUGACAGAAGAGAAAUGCUGGGAAGACUUAAUUCUACAAGAGUCAGAAGAGGUAGAGCAAGAACGAAUGCUCAGAUAAAUACAAACCAAAGACUAGAAAUUCUGCGGCUGAGGUCUACCUUAAGCAGUCGAAGCCGCUCUCCGCUGCGAAGGCAAGGUGAUGCUGUUCGCUUCGAGGAACGUGGUCAGAGGCAGAAUAGAAACGCACAGCAUGUCAACAGAAGUAGAAGACAAAUAGCUCAGGCUUCUCCACAGCCUGCUGAAGAGCAAGCAAGAGGCAACACUCAGGCUCCUCAACUUCCCACUGUAGCUCCAUCCUUGGGAAUAACUUCAGAAGAGGACGAAUCUAGUAGGCCAGUAGCUGCCGUCAGAAGGCAUCCAACAAUUACACUAGAUCUCCAGGUGAGAAGAAUUCGUCCUGGAGAAAACAGAGACCGGGACAGUAUUGCCAGUAGAACUCGUUCUAGAGUAGGAAUGUCAGAAAACACGGUCACCUUUGAGAGUGACAGUGGGGGAUUUCGGCAUACGAUAUCGCGAUCAGAACGUGCGGGUAUUCGAACCUACGUCAGCACUAUACGGGUACCUCUCCGUCGUAUUUCAGAAGCUGGGCUUGGUGAACCUUCAUCAGUGGCUCUUCGAUCGAUCCUCAGACAAAUUAUGACAGGCUUUGGGGAACUGAGCUCUUUAAUGGAAACUGAAUCCAACUCAGAAGUGCAGAGAGGUGGCCAUCCCUUAUCAGAUGCACAGAACAACUCAAGUUCAGCAAGCAGCGGUGAUCCAAGUGAGGUUUCAUCUAGAAAUGGACGCACAGCAGAAGGCAGCAGGGAAAGAAAUGGACGGAGGGAUGAUCGUCAACGCUAUGGGCGCCGUAACGAGAACCAAGAUAACAGGCAGUCUCAAGAUGUGAACAACUUAGUGGAAAAUGGAACACUGCCCAUACUUCGACUUGCCCACUUCUUCUUGCUGAAUGAAGAUGACGAUGAUGAUCGUUUAAGAGGUUUAACCAAAGAGCAGAUUGACAAUCUUUCUACUCGGAACUAUGGGGAUAUUCACGCUGAAAGCGAAAGAAGUAAAACAUGUAGUGUUUGCAUUAAUGAAUAUGCAACAGGGAAUAAACUAAGGCAGUUACCUUGUAUGCAUGAGUUUCAUAUUCAUUGUAUUGAUCGCUGGCUUUCUGAAAAUUCCACUUGCCCAAUUUGUCGACAGCCUGUUUUGGGGUCUAAUGCCACAGACAAUGGCUAGAAUCAUUUGUACUGCUCAGUUCUCAAGAAUUUGCUUCUGCUCUAUUUCUAAUGAGCCAGAUAAAUUGACCUACGAAGGGGUCCAUUUGUGGGGGGAGUUUUGUUAAAUUUCUUUAAAAAUUAUAGGAAACUUGUCUAAAUCUAGCAAUGUAAAUACUAUUUUUUCCAAAUGCAGGUCUAGGAAUACACAUAGAACCAAAUGAUAUUGGUAAAGUUUAUAUUUUUUUAGGCAAUUUUGUUAUGCUAAGCACUUUUGUAAAUACAGAAAUGCAAUAGUUAAUCAGUCCUGCUUAAUGUAUGUUUUUUAACAUUGUAAUGAACUUGCUUUAUUUAGAUUACAAAUUGUUUCACACAGACCCACCACUGUGUUGAAAAAUUAGUGGCUAAAUAGCCAUUUGUUAGCUUUUUGUUCUAAGAACAAUUUCUUUUAGAGGAAGUUUUUGCUGGACAUGUUUGCUGAAGAUAUUUAAGUUACUUGAAGUGCUUAUUUUAAUAGACCUUUUUCUUUUUAACGUUGAAAUAUCCUUUCCAAAAACUUGCCAAUUUGGUUCUAUUAAAAAAAAUUCUAUUGCAGUUUUUGCAUGUAGGUUUACACAGUUCUUAAUGCUGACAUUCUUAUUCAAAAGUUGAUGGGUUAGUGGCAUUAUGAAAUGUACAUAUUUAAAUGCUGUCCUUGACAAUCUGUCUUUUCAAUAAUGACAGCAGUCAAAUCUGGUAAUUCCAAGAGGCUGUGUCUUACUUAUUUGCUCAAAGAGUAAAUGAGCACCGAGGAAGCCUUUCUACUCUUCUAAAUUACUGAAUUGAUAUUCUUGGGGGUUUAACUGCCUUAGUUUAAAGAGGGACAAUAUUUCCUUGACUAUUAUAUUGUCUACAAUAUGCAUGUUUUGGGUAUUGUACUCAGAAGAACAAAACAAAGACUUGAAGUGCUUUUGUACAGAAAUUAAAGGUACACAUAUAAUAUUUGUCCUCUUGAAACAUGCCUGAGGACUAAAUGGCAAAAGACACUAAAAAGGACAAAAUAAGCUUUCCCAAAAGUCCCCUGUACCUGUAUAAUUAGAUACUAAAUUUUAUACCAAUAACUUCCGCUGAAAUAAAGUUGUGAAGUAAAUAA